CACCAAUGCUACCAGCGGCGAAAUGACUUGCGGGAUCCUUUCUUAAAGUUACUGUCAUCCCUUAACGCUAUCUCUGGCCAUUUACGAAGGAAUCAGGCACCGUCUUAAACAGCGGUUUGGAAAAUAUUUUGUUCAAGAUAAAACUGUUUUAAGACAUACACAUAUAUAUCUUACAUAUCUGUAUUCGCAUGGUAACAUAUUUUUGGGCUUCCUGAGCCGCUGGACUCGCAGCGGCCCUCCAAGGCAGCGGGCAGGCCCCUGUGCGCCUCGCGGAUCCGACCUCCCACAGCCCCGGGGAGGCCUUAGCCUCUAAAGUUGCUGCCUUUGCAGCCUCUGCCACAACGGCGCAUGCUCAGAGCCAGCCGGGAGGAGCUAGAACCUUCCCCGCGUUUCUUCAGCAGCCCUGAAUCAGAGGCGGGCUGGCCUGGCGUAGCCGCCCCGCCCCCCAUCUCAUGACCGGAUCCGCCAAAGCCUUCUCCCGGGGUCAGCGCCGCGCGGGCCGCCGAGCUGCCCGGCUGAGUCAGCCCGGGAGGCGCAAAAGGAUAAAAAUCCCGUGGAAGCGGAGCUGCGCAGAGCCGAGCCGGGCUGGCUGGAGAGAAACCGCAGGGAGAGCCUCACUGCUGAGCGCCCGUUGACGGCUGAGCGGCAGCAGCGUCCGUGGCCUCGCGCAUCAGACGAGAAGCUUCAGCCAUGCAGGCCCCACGGGAGCUCGCGCUGGGCACCACCUACUCGUGCGUGGGCGUGUUUCAGCAGGGUCGCGUGGAGAUUCUGGCCAACGACCAGGGCAACCGCACCACGCCCAGCUACGUGGCCUUCACCGACACCCAGCGGCUGGUCGGGGACGCGGCCAAGAGCCAGGUGGCCCUGAACCCGGACAACACCGUGUUCGACGCCAAGCGGCUGAUCGGUCGCAAGUUCGCGGACACCACGGUGCAGUCGGACAUGAAGCACUGGCCCUUCCAGGUGGUGAGCGAGGGCGGCAAGCCCAAGGUGCGGGUGUCCUACCGCGGGGAGGACAAGACGUUCUACCCCGAGGAGAUCUCGUCCAUGGUGCUGAGCAAGAUGAAGGAGACAGCCGAGGCCUAUCUGGGCCAGCCCGUGAAGCACACGGUGAUCACCGUGCCCGCCUACUUAAAUGACACGCAGCGCCAGGCCACCAAGGACGCGGGGGCCAUCGCGGGGCUCAACGUGCUGCGGAUCAUCAAUGAGCCCACGGCGGCCGCCAUCGCCUGUGGGCUGGACCGGCGGGGCGCGGCAGAGCGCAGUGUGCUCAUUUUUGAUCUGGGUGGGGGCACCUUCAACGUGUCGGUUCUCUCCAUUGACGCCGGUGUCUUUGAGGUGAAAGCCACUGCUGGAGAUACCCACCUGGGUGGAGAAGACUUCGACAACCGGCUGGUGAACCACUUCAUGGAAGAAUUCCGGCGGAAGCAUGGGAAGAACCUAAGUGGGAACAAGCGGGCCCUGCGCAGGCUGCGCACAGCCUGUGAGCCAGCCAAGAGCACCCUGUCCUCCAGCACCCAGGCCACCCUGGAGAUAGACUCCCUGUUGGAGGGCGUGGACUUCUACACGUCCAUCACUCGUGCGCGCUUUUAGGAACUGUGCUCAGACCUCUUCCGCAGUACCCUGGAGCCGGUGGGGAAGGCCCUGCGUGAUGCCAACCUGGACAAGGUCCAGAUUCAUGACGUCGUCCUGGUGGGGGACUCCACUCGCAUCCCCAAGGUGCAGAAGUUGCUGCAGGACUUCUUCAGCGGCAAAGAGCUCGACAAGAGCAUCAACCCUGAUGAGGCUGUGGCUUAUGGGGCUGCUGUGCAGGUGGCCAUGUUGAUGGGGGACAAGUGUGAGAAAGUACAGGAUCUCCUGCUGCUGGAUGUGGCUCCCCUGUCUCUGGGACUGGAGACAGCAGGUGGGGUGAUGACCACGCUGAUCCAGAGGAACGCCACUAUCCCCACCAUACAGACCCAGACUUUCACCACCUACUCGGACAACCAGCCUGGGGUCUUCAUCCAGGUGUAUGAGGGUGAGAGGGCCAUGACCAAGGACAACAACCUGCUGGGGCGUUUGGAACUCAGUGGCAUCCCUCCUGCCCCACGUGGAGUCCCCCAGAUAGAGGUGACCUUUGACAUUGAUGCUAAUGGCAUCCUGAGCGUGACAGUUACCGACAGGAGCACAGGUAAGGAUAACAAGAUCACCAUCACCAAUGACAAGGGCCGGCUGAGCAAGGAGGAGGUGGAGAGGAUGGUUCAUGAAGCCGAGCAGUACAAGGCUGAGGAUGAGGCCCAGAGGGACAGAGUGUCCGCCAAAAACUCGCUGGAGGCCCAUGUCUUCCUUGUGAAAGGUUCUGUGCAAGAGGAAAGCCUUAGGGACAAGAUUCCCGAAGAGGACAGGCGCAAUGUGCAAGACAAGUGUCAGGAAGUCCUUGCCUGGCUGGAGCACAAUCAGCUGGCAGAGAAGGAGGAGUAUGAGCAUCAGAAGAGGGAGCUGGAGCAAAUCUGUCACCCCAUCUUCUCCAGGCUCUAUGGAGGGCCUGGUGUCCCUGGGAGCAGCAGUUGUGGCGCUCAAGCCCGUCAGGGGGACCCCAGCACCGGCCCCAUCAUUGAGGAGGUUGAUUGAAUGGUCCUUCGUGGUAAGUCAGCUGUGAAUCUCAGGGCUGUGGUAUGGGCCUUCUAGACUGUCUUCUAUGAUCCUACCCUUCAGAGAUGAAGGGCUGGGGGGUCUUCUCUCCAAAGCUAGAACUUUCUUCCCAGGAUGUUUCAUAACUGAAGGCUUUUGACUUUCUGAGGGGAGGGAAGUUCGUCCUCUUCUGCUUCAAAUAAAAACUCAUUAAUUUAUUAA